AAGGAAAAGAAAAGAGAAUAGCUAUGUAUCAGUUUGGCUGACAAGUGACCCAAAAUAAGGCUUAUACUUUAAGCAAUACCAAGGGAAAUAUAGCAAUUUUAAUUGAGUAUUAACACUCUGGCAAUCCAUCAGAAAUCAAGUUGUCCUCAAAUGUCUAUAGCUGCAGGCAUGUGAAAACAAUCAUCAUCAUCAUGGAUUUGGAAAAUUGAACAUGGGAAAUGAGAUGGGCAACAGCAACACAUCUGGAUUGCGUGAAGAAGAGAACACCAGCCCUGAAUCUGAGGAAAAAUCUUUUGAAGAACCUAUUCAUGCUAAUGAUGUAAAAGGAGAAAAUCAAGUGGUUCCGGCGCCUGAAAGUAAGGACUAUCAUCAGAAAGAGACAGGGUUAGCCUCUGAUGAUCGAAAGGGAGCAGAUAAUCCUGCUCAUAACCAGGCCUCUGAUGAUCGAAAGGGAGCAGAUAAUCCUGCUCAUAAUCAGACCUCUGAUGUAACAGGACAAGCAGAGCCUGAAGUUCGCCCUCCUGUUGAAUGUUCUAAACCUGAAAAGAAAUUUAAUGAAGAAGUUGGCAAAGAAACUGUAAUUCAACCUGCAGCUUCUUUGCCCAAGGAAAUGGAAGAUCAUCAGAACCAAGUACUAUCAAAUUCGGAAGAGAAUGUCUCAGAAAUAAGCAAUAAUCAGAUUGAGAAGCACUCCUCCUUUAAGACAGAGGAAGAGGAUAUUGUAAAUUCGGCUUCUUCUGCAAUACCCUCAGCAAAUGAUCCAGAAUCUGAAGAUUCUGCAGUGCCACAAUCUGAUCAACAUGAAUUGACAAAAAUUGAUGCUGAACAGUCAGAACAGGAUAGCACUAAUUCAAUGACUGGAACUGAAGUUAUUCCGGGAUCAAGUAUUGCAUGCAUUAGAAAAGAGAACGGUCACCUGUUAGAUACUUACAUAUCUGACAGCGUAGAAACAAAUCUUCUUUCUAGUGCUGAUCUAGAUGUGGAGGAGAAAAGGGAAGAGUUGGUAGUGAAAGAGAUAGCAUCUCAAGCAGAUGAGAUGUCAAGCAGAGAGAAAUUUGAAGUUGAAAUUGGAAUUGAGAAUGGGAAUGAUUCAAGUAAAAUAACAGUGGUACCAUCAGAUCAUUUAGAAGUCAAUAAUGGAGAGGCAGCUGCUAAGAUGAAUUGUAAUGGAACUAAUUCUUUGCAGUCACGACCAGAAGAAGUCUCUUUACCUGAAGACAAAUAUAGGGUUCUUACUCAAGAGACUAAAAUAAUAGGAAAGGAACCAGAAAAUGCAGACAGGGAGCAAGAUGAUUUUUCAUCUCUAGGAAUAUCAGAGAUUGACAAGGCAGAUGCAUCACAAAUUGAUUCUUUGACAAGGCCAAAUUGUAAGAACAUUGAGAAGGAAGAUCCUCUUGUCACGGUUCAUGCUGCUGCUGGAAAUGGGAGCUGCCAAGUUGAGGAGGUAAAGGUUUUUGACGAAUCUGACAACCAGAAUGAGGCUUCUGUAGAAUGCCGUGAGGAAUCUGAAGGAAAUGUUGUAAUAAUUCAUGAACUUGGAAUUUUGGCGGCCAAGUCAUCCAUUGCUAAUGGAAAAAUAAAUGAAGGCGGAUUGGGAGACUGCGCAACUGAGGCAUAUGUGGCUCAUGAUACUGGCAAUGGGAACUUCCAAGUUGAGGAGGCCAAGGCUGUUGAGCAAUCUCACAACCAGAAUGAUGCUUUUAAAGGACAUCUGGAGGGGUCUCAAGGAAAGGUUAUAGUGGUUCCCGAUCUUGGAAAAUUUUCUGAUACUGUUCAUGAUGCUGUAAGCAAUGGGAACUGUGGAGUUGAGGUAUCUGACAGCCACAAUGAGGCCUCCGAAGGAAAGGUUAUGACGGAUCCUGAACCUGGAAUCCAUACAGCAGAGUUACACACUAUAAAUGGUAAACACAGUGAAGAGGAAUCCGAAGAUUUCAAAGCCGAGGAAGAGGAACCUGCAGAGAAGCAAAUUGAGGAGAUAAAGGAGAACAAAGAAGCUCCAUGCGCCAUCGAAAGGAAUAUAGAUGUUGCAAAAUGUGGAGAACAGUUCCUGUCCCAACCAUAUCCUCUACCAGCAGAGGCGCCUUUGCCGUGCGGUCCUGCAUCUCUGCUCCAGUCUGAAGAUCACCAACAGGAAAAUCUAAUGAAAUCUGAGAAUGCUCAAGAUAGCAGUGACUCAAUAUUGGGACUGAAGCCUGAGAACCGCAGUGACUUAUCAAUUACUGCAACAUCUUCCAGUUUCCAUGCCACAAGCACUUCUGUAGAGACCUUAGUCUCUGAAGCUGAGUUGGCAACUGAGAAAUCUGCAGAAGAAGGUUUACCCCAUGUCACAGCAGCUGCAGCGAUGGUGAUGGAAACUAACUCUUCAGAUUCACCACAUAAUUCCAGUGAGCGACAUCAGAAAAAUGAUACAUCUGUCUUUGCAAAGGAUGGAAUUCAGGCACAAGAAAAUGAAGGGAAGCUCAGCACUUCACCAAUUCCUGAAAACCUGAUUCAAGCAGAGGAGCCAAAGUCUCAGAGUUCAACUACAGAGAACGUAGCCUCUGCAGUGCAGUUGGGAAAUGAGAUACCAAAACAAGAAGUUCAAUACUACAAUACAGUAGUCCUGGAGACGGUGACUAAAGCUAAUUCACCAGCUUCAGCGAUUCAAUUCAGUGAACAACGUGAAAAGAUUGAAACAUCUGUCGUUGCAAGGGGAGGUUACGAGCGACAAGAAAGUGUGGGAAGGUUCAGCAAUGAAUCAAUUCCUGAUUACUUGAACGUUCAUGCCGAGAUGCGGAAAUCUCCAAGUUUUAAUCUUGAUCUCCGAAUAGAAGCAGGGAGUACUGAAGAAUCAGAUAAUAUACCACUACUUUAUCAGGACAAAAGUACAAUUGAAGGCUUAUCAAGCCAAGAUGAUAUAAACCUUCAAAGUGCAUUUGCACAUGCUCGCCGUGGUCAAGAAGAAUCGCUCAAGUAUCAAGAAACGCCAGUGGAAGAGAAAGUGAUUAUGCUGGAAAGAAGCGAUUCUGAGAAGUCAAAAAGACCCUUUCUUGGCUUCUUGAAAGAAGAUGAAGAGGCUCAUAUUGUGGUAAUACCAAAGAAACAAGAUAAGCAUGCUGCUGCUACAAAGAAGGCAAUCAAUAAGGAAACUACUGCACUGCCUUCGAAAAGUAAAGAUAAGCACAAGCGCAGGUCAUCUCUCUUCACCAACUGCAUGUGCUGUACAACUGUGAUUAACUAAACCACCCCAAGAAAUUACACCAUUUUUACAGUUCCUUUUAUUACUUCUUUGAUUUAUUUUGGUUGGGUUCACUUUCUAAUUCAAGUGUUUUCAAGAACUGGAGUUUUGAUCAAUGGACUGAGAGACUGCUGAUUGGUAUUAGGGUGUUGCAGAUAAAACCAAGAAAGAGUGAGUACUAUAACUUCUAAUAACUAUGUUCAAUUGUUUGUGUUCUUUUCUGUUAAUACUUGUUCAAAAGUUGCACAGCUUCAGCAUUGUAUUGUGAUGUAAGAUAUUAGUUGAAGAUUUUGAUGUAAUGUUAUGUAAUUUAUUCUGUUUGUUGGAGAGAAAUUGGAAGAUUUGGAGAUGAUAUUGCAGCA